AUGGCCUCGGAAAACUCCCUGUCCCAGUGCCCAAGGAACUGCUCCGCCUGGGCUCCCAGGAACGGGUCCGUGGCAGAAAGGGCAGCCCCCUACACCAAUGUGAUCAUGCCUAGCCUGUUCGGCAUCAUCUGUUUCCUGGGCAUUGUCGGGAAUCUCAUCGUCAUCUACACCAUUGUCAAGAAGAAGAAGCUGAGGUGCAAGCAGACGGUGCCCGACAUCUUCAUUUUCAACCUCUCCAUCGUGGAUCUCCUCUUCCUGCUGGGCAUGCCUUUCCUCAUCCACCAGCUCCUUGGUAACGGCGCCUGGUAUUUCGGGGCUCCUUUGUGCACCAUCAUCACCGCCUUGGACACUAACAGCCAGAUCACCAGCACCAACAUCCUGACAGUGAUGACCCUCGACCGUUACCUGGCAACCGUCUACCCUCUGAAAUCCACCUAUGUCCGGACACCAUGUGUAGCAGCCUCAGUAAUCUGCUUGGUGUGGCUUCUUUCCUUCCUGACCAUCAUUCCCGUAUGGAUGUAUGCAGGCCUGAUGCCUCUGGAGGAUGGGACUGUCCGCUGUGCUCUCUUGCUUCCCAACCCUGAGACUGAUGUCUACUGGUUCACGCUCUACCAGUUCAUGCUGGCCUUUGCUAUCCCACUGAUUGUCAUCUGUGUUGUUUAUUUUAAGAUCCUCCAGCACAUGGCUACCACUGUGGUCCCCCUUCCCCAGAGGAGCCUCCAGGUACGUACCAAGAAAGUCACCCGCAUGGCAGUUGCCAUCUGCUCUGCCUUUUUCAUUUGCUGGGCCCCCUUCUACAUCCUCCAGCUGGUACAUCUCGGCAUUGACACGCCUUCUGUUGCCUUCUUCUAUGCCUAUAACUUCGCCAUUAGCUUGGGCUAUGCCAACAGCUGCCUCAACCCCUUCCUCUACAUUGCCCUGAGUGAGACCUUCAAGCGCCAGUUCAUGGUGGCCAUCCGUCCUGCCAAGGAGCAGUUCCGCAACAACAGUUCCAUCAACAACAACAGCGCAACAGAGGCCAGUGUGUGCCUAAAGCUUGCACCAGAAUCCACUCAGCAGACUCAAUUUCUGGAGGACUUUUCCCCACACUCGCUGCCUGUGACUGUCGCUGUUCACUAG